AUGGAGAUGGAUCUGCACAGCCUUCAGCUGAAGGCGGUCUCAGAGAUGCUGCAGCUGUCCGGCGACGAUGACGCAGACGGCCAGCAGCUGAAGACGUGGAAGGUACUGAUCUACGAUGACGAGGCGCGCAAGCUGCUGUCGCCCAUUCUGAAGGUCGGCGAGCUGCGCAGCCUCGGAGUGACCCUGAACAUGGCGAUAUCGGAUCGCAGGGAGCCGAUACCGGGGGUCGACGCGGUCUACCUCGUCAGCCCCACGGAGGCCAACGUUGACGCCAUACUGGCGGACGCCCAGAGCCACAAGUACAAGCAGCUGUACGUCAACUUCACGACCUACACCUCGGACGCGUUCCUGAGCGAGUUCGCGAGGCGGUUCGUGGAGGCAAAAGCGCAUGGCUCCAUCGCAGCGGUCGCCGACCGCUAUAUUCACUUCGCGUCCAUUGCGCUCUCGUCCUUCUCGCUGAACAUGCCGAAGUGCUUCGCCGAGUGCUACGGCGGCAGGACGGAGGGCGAGACGGACCCGCUGCUGGACACCAUCGUCGACAGGCUGCUCUCCGUGGUGGUGACCCUGGGGACGCUGCCGUUCCUGGUGGCGCCGCGCAGCAUGUCGCCGGCCGCUACGGUGGCCGAGCGCCUCAACAAGAAGCUGUUCGAGCUUGUGAGCGCGCGCCACCAACUGGGGAUAUCGCUGGCGAGCUCGUAUAACCGACCCAUGCUGCUCAUCGUGGACCGCACCAUCGACCUGGGCUCGAUGAUCCAGCACAGCUGGAACUACCAGCCGCUGCUCCACGACCUGUUCGGCAUAAACUUCGACAAGCUCGUGUUGGAGACGGGGAGCGAGAAGUCGAAGAAGGUUACGUACGACCUCGAGGCUGGGGACAAGCUGUACCAGGCCAUCCACAGGCUGCCGCUGUCGGACGUCGCGUCACACAUCGCGACGUCCCUGGAAGGGUACAAUGCGCAGCUCUCCCAGAUAAACAGGGGCGAGGAUGAGGCCGCGGGCAGCCUCGUGAACGCCAUGAACGCCAUCCCCCAGCUCACCGAGCAGAAGCGACUGCUGGACAUGCACACCAACCUGGCCACCGCGCUGGUGGACGCAGUUAAGAGCCGGGACUUGGAUCGCUUCUACGAGUUCGAGUACGAUCUGGACCUGCUGAGUGAGAAGAAUUGUUUCCAGCAAUUCGAGGACCUCCUGGGCAGCGAUAAGUCUACCGCGAUGGACCUCUACCGGUCGCUGCUCCUGGUGGCGCUCAACCGUCCGGGGGUUGCGGAAUCGCGCUUCGACGAACUCGAGCACCGCAUCAAGUUGCGCGGCGAGCUCAAGCACGACAGCCUGCGCGGCCUGCGCAACCUCAUGAAGAUGAAGGCCUUCAGCGAGGGGCUGCUGAAGCAGAUCCAAAACGCCAAAACGUCGGACCUGUCAACGGCGAAGCAGAUUAACGAGGGGAUGACCUCAGCGGAAGCGCCACGCCGCGAGUUUUCGCAGGGGCACAAGAAGCUGGCGGAGUACAGCAGCAAGCUCAUCGACACCGGGGUCAGCCUCUUCAAGGGGGUGCGCCGUAUGCUGCCGCGCAAGAAGCAACCCUGCAUCGUCAGCGUCCUGGAGAGCCUGCUGAACAACUCCGAGGCGAUCUCCAGCGAGUUCGCGUACUACGACCCCAGGACCUCGGAGAGCGCGCUUGCGCCCUCAGUCCGCCGCUCCACGUCGCGCAGAUGCGUCGUGUUCGUCGUUGGCGGCGGCUCCUACAACGAGGCCGUGGCGCUGCAGGACCUGGCGUCGCGCUCCAAAUACUCCAUUGUGUACGGCUCCACCGCCUUCGACCGGCCUGAGGAUUUCAUGGAGCAGCUGGGGGGCGCUGCAUUUGCACUAUAG